CACGUACAAAUUGCCUUUGUCACCUGAGGCACGAGCCCCCAGCAGUAACUUGGCCAUUUAUGUCGCGCACCAACAGGCAGCCUUAUAGAGGCUAUCACGGUGCCUACGGUGACGAUGAGGAAAACUAUGAGGUUGACUUUGACGAACCUCGCGCCGGAGAGCACAGGCCAGCGGUCCAACAGCCCUUUGACCGAGACCGCAACAACGCUGUUGUUGCGACCGGCGUCAAGCGGCCGCUCGGCGCCCUCGGGCCUGGCUUAGAGAUCACCAAUGAGGAGUUCUACGCCAAGAUGGAUCGCGAGGUGUCCUCGGCGUUCAGCGUUCCAAUGCUGAACCAGCUCCGCACGACCCUGCGCCAAAAGGGCAUUGACCUCGCUGUGCUGGAGGAUUUUCUGACUCACAGCUACGUCAAGCAUGGCCGCGAGGACGCGCGCAAGCUGCUAUGCAACCUGCUGGUCGACGGCAUGCUGGUGGAGUUGACCCUGCGCGCCUACGAGCCGCUUCUCGAGAAGAGAGCCGCGGCCAGUGCGGCCUCCAAGCAGCCGGACAAGAAGAGGAGGACUGCUUCGAAGAAGCUGACAGCUGAGGAGGAGUGGGAGCAGAAGCUGAAGGAGGCCGAGAGCAUGGCGCCCAGCGUCAUCGUCAAGGACGGCCGCAGGUUCCUGGCGCUAUGGCUCAAGUCCAAGACCAUGGUCAAGGCGUGCUGGAUAUCCCAGUCCUACGCGCUCAAGCUGGGCAGCGCCGGGAUCAAGUGGGGAGACUGCAAGGUUGUCUUCGAGAACAAGGACGGCUCCUGCGACACCAACGGCUCGUACGACCUGUACCGGCUGUUGCGCGGCUGGAUCAGCUGCGUGAUUGACGAGGCCACGAAGACCAAGGACCUUGGCGUGCAGUUCCUGCACAUGGACCCCUCGGACCCCGUGGCCGCUGCUGUUUGGGACAAGUUGGGCAGCAUGGUGCAGACCUACUGCGAGAACUACCAGGCAGAAGCCAAGUGGUCCGGCGUGUACGGGCUGCCGCGGUUUGUGCCGCCCAAGGAGAAGCUGCCGGACAUGACCGCGGACAAGAUUCGCGGCGUGCUGAAGGACAACGCCCAAGCCCUGCACCGUGACUGGUGGUUCUACAUGAAGGCCAAGAACCCGCCACUGAUGGCCCGCUUGUACAACGGUGACAACAACGCCACACGGGGCACACCCGUGGCUCAGCUGAAUGGGGUGGCAACGCCGCUGGCAGGUGCAGUGCUGAACCAUGAAGACAACAGGCAGGCCUUGCAAGAGCAGCAGCGCGGGGCGGCACCUGAGGCGCGACCGGCGGCAGCUGAGGCGCGACCGGCGGCAGCUGAGGCGCGACCGGCGGCAGCUGAGGCACGACCGGCGGCAGCUGAGGCGCGACCGGCGGCAGCUGAGGCGCGACCGGCGGCAGCUGAGGCGCAGCCGGUGACUGGCGGUGGAGGGAUUGCGGCGGCUGAGGUGGUGGGUGGAGCGGCGGCGGCGGCUGACGGGGUGGCAGGAGGUGGAGCGGGCGAGGCAGGGACGGCACCGGGGGCUGAGGGCACAGCUGGUGGGAGUCGCUCUCGCCGCGCCCUGCGCGGCCAUGGCAAGGGGACACAGCCAAGGUAGUCAUAGUCAGACGCAUAUGCAUACCAGCAGGAGACCGCGGAGUGACGGCCAUCAGCUUUUGACUGUAUAAAUGGACAAGUGUAUGGAGAAGCACAGUAUCACGAAGCACGGCAUGAAAAGAGUUGAGCAGGGACCACAGACCACUGUCACACUGUCACAGUCGCCGGGUAACGGGCCAAUGUGUAACGGGUAACGACCUUCCAAGCGAUGGUUACAUGUGCGCCUCGUAGACCGUGAGCAGGCUGUUACCAUGGCUGGUUAAGAUGGUAAGCAGAUCGUAGCGAGAUCGUAACGAUGCCAGAGGGGUAACGAUCUACGACCUAGGUAACUGCGAUCGUAACGAUCGUUUGGGUGCUAUAGGGGUGCAGGCAGAAUAUAUCUCCUUUAAUUGCGGACCAGAGGUCUGGUGUCAUGGGUUUCCGGCCCACUCUUACUAAGGAGUCGACUAGGUACCAGGUAUCAUUUUCUUUGCGUACGGCGUAGGCAUGGCCUCCGUCAUGCACCAUGAAGCCUAGGCCUCGGGAGCAAUCAGGGAGUAGCCCCAUAAUGGUUUCUUGCGAGUGUCCUGGCGCUAGUGUCCUUGCCACUACACGUAGGAGUAGUCGUGUCCCUGCAUCGUCUAGAGGUGCCGGGCGAUGUCGGAGGUAAUGGUUGAUGGCAGAUUCGUGGAAAAGCCCGUUGUGGCGAAAGUGGUGGGCCCAGAGGGUGUGAAGCAUUGGUGAGUCUGCAAGCGCAGCGUGUGUGACUUGGCAGAAGGCGAGCACGGCUGAGUAUUGCAGCCACGGUGUGCCGAGCAUGUUGUUGAUGGCAUGGACAGUGCAAACGUUGAGGUGCUGCUGUUCCCUGAAGAACGUGGGUUGUAUUUGUCUGGGCCACUGGAGGCGUUCUGGUGUGUGUCCAGGUUCAGGGGGUGCGGUGGCAGUGGGUGUGGUGCGGGUUUCCACCUGCUGAUCGCCCCCUCGGAGCUGUAGGGGCACAGGCACGGGGCUCCAUGUGUUUUGUAACAAAGUCAGAGGCCAGGUAGUUGGAGUCUGGUAGUGUGAUGGGGUUGGUGUAGGGCACGUUGAAUGCACGGUGUCAUCAAGCAGUUUUUUAUAUAUUGAAAUCUUUGCUUGUGUGGCGUAGGUUUCCAGGUGGGGGGCCGUGUGUGUUUGGGCGAACAUGGAUAUGAGGUGGGUUAGGCGCGUGUCCGUAAAGGGGGCAUGAGUGAUGGGCGUGAGUAGGUGUGUAGCUGCGCAUGUGAUGGCCGGUGUUAGGAGUGGUAUGUCAGCUGUGUGUUUGAUACUGGCAAUAAGCAGGAGUAUGGUUAGUAGGUUUCGCGUGAAGGUAACGGGCCUCUUGGCUAGGGCGCGGCAUGUGAUGUAUAGUGGGAACCCGGGGACAGCGAGAAUCAGACCGCGCGUCGUGUGUAUGGUAGUGUAUGUGAGGUGGCCUACGAGGAGUAGGUUGAAGGUAGUGGUGGUGUGUUCGUGCGUGCAUAUCAUGAGUAUUAGCGGCUGGAGUAGCAUGAAUGCUGCAAGACAUGUAAAGGUCAUUGUUAUCAGGUGGGGCACUGUCCGUUUUGUCAUGGCUGCGAGGACCCUGCUAGUAAUUUGCAUUCCUCCGUAGAGCGCCAGAGAGCAGCUUGGGAUCCAGAGGGAGGCCCAGGCUGCAGUAUGCCAGCUGUAGUUCAGGAGGCGGGCUAUGAUGCUGCUGAGGUGGGUCAGGAUGAGGGGCACCCCUCUGCCGGUGGUUGCCAGGGUGAUACGGACAAGGGCCAGGAAGAUGUGGAAGCCUCCCACUGUAGCCCAGCAUGUGGCGCUGACAGCGUGUGUGGUGAUAAGGAUCAGAGUUGUUAUCAGGGGAUCUGCCGUUGGGUGCAUGCGGAGAGUGUGUAUAGGGUAUGGGCCCAUCAUCGAACACCAAGUUUGUUGCCAUUGUUGCCGCUUUCAUUGUAACAGAGCAGUUGCUCAAAAAGUCGUGUGGUGCUGAUGUUGGUAGGCUGCUGGACUGCUUGGUAUUUAGAGUUCCUGCUAAGCAGUUGCAGUUGCAGUUGGGCGUUGAAAUUGGGGCCUGUCUCCAUAAUCACCGGAUCGCUAACUCAGUUAGCGAUUUGACUCGUCCUUACGGCAGAAGGGACCUGGGUACGAAUCCGGAUAAAAGCCCAAUUAUGCAAAAGGCGAAAGAUUGGUGCGAAACCGAUUGGUGAUCCCACGAAUGAUAGGUAAUUGCUCUUAGUGGCAAUUGCGGGCUUAUGCCCGCUGCAACCUAGACAGGUCGUGGUGCAGAAGUCCGAUUUAGUGGCGAGGUCCAAGGUUCAAGACAAGGCUCAAGAUCCAAGGCUCGAGGAGGAGUGCCAUGGCUCCUCGGUUUGCACGAACUGGCAGUGCUCCACUACUAUAACGCGGCGUUUCCCUAGCUCGAUAUGCUAGGUGUGCAGGCUCGGAUGUAGUGGACUUUGAAGAGCGGCCUAGGACUUGGAGGUUGUAGUUUCGGAGGUUGUGACUCUUUCGUGGUGAGGCGUCAGCGUGAGGGGGGCGGGCCCUCUCGCCCUAGUCACCUUGCCCCGUUAAUCCAUGCCAGGCCCUAUGGGCCGGCGUUGUAAUUAUUAUUAUUAUCCUGUCUCCAUAUGCACCGUAUUACAAUUGGGCGUGUGGUUUUGACGCUUUUUUGGCUAUUGUGUGGUUUGCGUCCAGGUGUCUCUCUCCUCAUGUGUGUCACUUAUCCGAACAUCUACAUCUGGAGUCGCCUCUGAACUGGGGCGCAACAUCGUCUUGCAGUUUCCAGCGUUCACGGCUAUCUGACCAACUCGAUUUUCAAUCGCAGGGUGGCCAUUGUAUGUCGCAGGCUUGACUGUCCUGUUCGUCUUACUACUUCUCAA